GGCAGACUGGCAGUUGUUCAUUGCCCGCUAGAUAGAACGAACGCGUAAACAUAAUUGUUCCAAAUUAUUGUGUGUGUGUUUUUAAUCUGUGUAAAGUGCAAUGGCCGAUUGAAGUUGACAUUUGUUGGAAGAGAAAACAUUUAACAAAACCUAAAGGAUAUCUAUUUAAUAACUGGACUUGAUUUGUUAAUCGUGAUGAACACUUUACGAUGGACCCUCAAGAAUUAGUGCCAUUAGAAGCGGCAAUACCCAGACCCUACAAUCGCCAGACCAGCUUACGAACUAAGACAUGCUGCAAAGGACCUAUCAGACUAUGUCGUCUCCUCGCCUUUAUGAUAAUUCUUCCGUCUUUGUUUAUAUUCAUACCAUUAUAUAUGAGAUACCGUGUUUUUUCAAGCCAGAUGUAUCCUAUGAGUAUGACAGACAUGAGACUUAUAGAUAGUAAGAUAUCGCCGACUUGGUGCCAGAGACAAGUGGUUAAGUCCAAUGCGACGUUCAACGCGUUCGUGGUGCCAGGUCCUCCGGAGCUGAUGCAGGAGUUAGUUCCGGUGACGAUGACGCGGCGGUUGGAGCUCGAGGACGAUAUGAAAGAGUACUGGGGGUUCUAUUUGCUGCAGGGAUCUACUGUUACCGUGUCCGCCUGUGUUAGGUGGCCUGGUGCAUCACUAAUAAUGAUAAAAGGUUACAAGCACCUACAAGAGUGCGCGUACAUAGGUGAUGACUCAUCUGAAGAGUUGGACGAGUUGUUGGAAGCCCACAAGCUUGGACUCCUCACCAACGCCACCUUGAUCCAGAAGAUCCAAGAACUGAAAAAAGUCGAUGGAAAGGCCAAUCAUCCUGAUGCCAUGCGGCGGCACAAGGCCGGCAUCAACUUCCACGACCCGGAGAAGACGACCAACGUGACAUCAACAGACAGCGUGCCCAGUGCUGACGUCACAGACCACGAUCCAAAAGAAUUGCGGGAAAUUUUGGAACGACUUCACGCGAUCCGCCAAGCGGCCAAGACCGAGUCGCUGAAGACAUAUCAGCCGCCCUCCCAUUUGAUGUCACUACCAUCUCUGCACAGACACCGGGACACCAACGUAGACCGAGAUGAAAGGAGGUGGUUGUCCUUCAAAGAUAUCGAUGGCAACAUUAGCGAACAAGUGACAAAUAAGACUGAACUAGAUCUAAGUAAAAACAAUAAUAAUCACACUUUUAAUAAUGAAGAUAAACUGCAAAAUGAAACAAAUGUUGAUGAAACUGUCAUUACUACAAAUAAUACUGUAGAAACUAAAGAAAACUAUAUUGGAUAUAAGCAAAAUGUGACUAUAAAUAAACCAGGGAGUUCCGAUCCGGUUAAUGAAAACACGGAAGCAGGAAGUCCUACGGAUAAUAUCUACAGUAAUAAACAUAAGGAUAAAACAUUAGAUGGUGCUAAAGAAUUUGGUAUUAAUAAUAAUGAUAAAGACGGAGUACCGGAUGUGGAAUCAAGAAAAGAGGUAAGCCUGAACUCUCGUGAAGUUUUCGACGAUGUAUUGAAGCAGCUCCAGUCCCUUGGAGACAGAGGAAAGAGGGUGCUCCUCCGGUUACAAGAGAGAAUAGGAUUGCAGGAGAUGGAGCAGAUAAAAGGUGAUAUUGAUGAUUCAACAAAUAAUGGUAAUGUCAUGGGUGAUGGUGAUGCUGAGUUAGAUCAUCUACGGAAGGUGUUGGUGGAAGCUAUAGAUGAAGAGAGAACACGAAGCCAAAGACAGCAGAAGCGUCAAACGGCACGGGAAGAAGCCAGAGCCAAGCGUGAGCUGAUGUUGGGUCACGCAGACUUCGUUAAAGAGCUCAAUCAAGAUGACGAGGCGAGGGACUUUGCCGCCGAGGAGGGUCUAUCACCAGAUGGCUUCGCAGAGCACCACCAACAGCUAAACCAGAGCACCCCGUUCGACAUGUCCAACUCAGAGUUCUGGUCCUCAUUCUCCAGCAGCGAGGAAGCCCUCCUGGAGUGCGAGGGUCUCAUCCUCAACCUGCCCCUCACUCCUCACGCGUCGUGUCGUGAUGACGCCACUGAUGAUGAAACCAUGUUUGCAGCUCGAAGAAACGCUUUGACUUACAGAGUUCCGGCUAACGGCUACUACUUCUUCGUGUUCAACUCUGAGAACGAAGUCCAGAAGAACUUCAUCAAGGCUCGCUUCGAUCUCCAGAAAACCAAGUAUGACGUCACCAGAACGACACUCCGGGAGUGCCGCAACAGUACUGAGAGGUGUGACCUGGCACUUGAUAUAUUUACUAGUCAAAAGGUUGUGCUGGAAUUGCCGCUCAGGAACAAUGACUCUCUGUGGAACGAGCAGUUUGUGAUAAUAUCUGAAUGUGAGCCCAGAACGUCCGUGUAUCUCGUCUGUGUCAUUGCCGUUCCUGUGUUGAUACUUAUGUUUGCCUUUCAAUAGGUGAAGACAUCAAGAUAAUACAAGGAAAACAAUUUAUUUACACGAGCGUUAUGACAGCACGUCACGCUGUGCCAGAAAAAUGAAGUAAAGGUUUAUUUGAAUAAUAUUGUGACUGACUCUAAGAUUGGUCUUGUUGUUAUAACAGUACCUACAUUACUGCUGCAAAUGUGUAUAAAUACUACGUAAUAAGAGGCGUGAUUGCCUAAGUAAAAAUUAAAAUUUAGUUUAGUAUGAAACUUGCAGUCAUUUGACAUAAGUUUGAAAUAGUAGUAAUUACAGUAUGGCGAUUGGCGACGGGGUAUAAUCCGGUUGUUUGAAAGCGAACUGUUGCUUAGAACGUAGUGGAUUUGAGCUAUCUUCCGUUUUUAGAAGGUUAUAGCUGUCAUCUGUCAAUCUAUCAAUGACUGCACGUUUCAUACAGUGAGUGAAUUGCUUUUUUCUUAGAGUUUCGCUAGGCUGGAUGGAUGAACGAAACGCACACAAACGUAAGUGUAAGACUUUUUAAGUAGGUAUUUUUAUCAAAUAAUGCACGGAAAUUAAAACUAAACGAUUCUUGCCACCUCUUGAACUUCGGGUAACGUUAAAGUAUCUAAGUUCUAUACACUCAUUGUCGUCACUUGAACUAAUUUUGUCAAAUGCAAUUACUUAUCAAGAUCAAUGACGAACAAUGAUUAUUUUUCCCGCAAAGAAGUAACAAAUGAUUAAUGAACACUUUAGUUCAUUUGUUAUUUUUUCAAUACAGCUUUUUAUAUGCAAGCCAGUUUCAGAGUAAAAGAUCGUUCCAUUUUUUAAUUUCACGACAGACAUGAGUUUACUAUAGUAUAAUUUAUUUGACCGCUAAACCACGACAGAUAUUGAUAUUUUUUUUAAUUUAUGGAUGAAUUUAUCUCGAAAACAGUUGUCAAAAUUUAUUAAUUAAUUAUUUAUACAAAAUACAUGAGCAAUAUCCACACAAAUUAAAACCACAUGUUAAAAAAACUAUAGAGAUACAGGUGCCAAUCAACAGAAGUGCCAAAUAAAAGAACGCACGUUUCAUAUUUUAUUGAGCGAAGCGAAACUGAGCGGAGCGAAACUGAGCUGAGCUCCCACCGGGUGACUCCAAUUGAUUUCUGUGUUAAAUUGUUUCUCAACCAUUUCUGGACCGAUUUAAAAAAAAAUUAAACUCAUAGACAGCUUUCGAAUUUUUCUAGGUUCUUGUCGAGACAGUAUUUUGAAUUUCUACUUGAUUCAACUAUUAUAAUUAAAAACAAAUUAUUCUAAAUUAGCACGCGCUAUUUAUAUUUAUUUAUAAAUUGAGGCGUUUGAUCAAAUCUUUUUUGAUUAAUUUUGUUUUGUUUCUGUACACAGUCUUAGUUUACCUCGCUUCGCUCAAAUAUACGCUCCUCGAAGCGGUACGACGAGCGACUGCGGCAUCCUAGUAUUUUAGGGAUUCUUGUUUUCAAUAUAUUAGGAAUAUAGGAAUAUAUACAAGUUCGCUCAGACGCACUUGGUUCAUGUAAUGAGUGAUCAUUUGGUAUUGAGUACGAUACUGCCCUGUGCGCGUCAUUUGAUUGGCUGAAAUAUAAAUAUUUUGCAAAUAAGUUGUCAUGACCCUUGACACGAGAAUUCGUAUCAUUUUAAUUAUCAUAUUUUAAACAAAGUGUGUAGAAUUUUAUCGGAGGGAUUCGUCCAAGUUCUAAAGACACAUUCAUUUAUAUUGUUAUAAUUUAAUAAGAUAAGGUUGUAUACUGCACUGCCAAGUAUUUUUGGGAAUGGCGAAAAUCGUUUAAUACAAGUAACAUAGCAUGACUUGUGAUUGUAUUAUCUGGAUAUAAUAUCUAUAAUAAUAUCUAUCUCAUAGGUUUUUUUAUCGAAAUGCUAUGUAUAUUUUAAAACUUAUGUUGUUAUUGGCAUAGAUAGACAUAGAAUAUACAAGAGUAUAAAAAAGGGUAUAAACACCCCGACAGCCUGACCAAUUGUGCUUGAUAAUGUGUGCGUUAACUAGUGGUUAAAUAUUCAAAAUGCUAAAAUGUUCAUACCAUGCGUGGCAUUUUGACCCAUUUAACAAAACUAUUAACUUUAUCAAGAUUGGUUAAGAGAGCAAUGUAAUUAAUCAUUAAUUUUUGUACUCCUCUACUUCUUUCUGUAUUUAUAUAGCCACGAUCAGUAAUUUAUGUACAUACUUUAUUAAGUCUUAAAUCUAUACUCUAUGGCCGAAAAAAGCAUUGUUUACAGUACUAUAAUGUCGCCAAAAAAGUACGAUUGUUUUGUUGCCACAGACAACUAAAUGUAGAUUAGGAUAUUAUGGUAGGUUCAUAGAAAUAUUUUUCGAUCAAUUAAAAAUUGAUAUCUCUAAAAAUAUUAAACUUAUCGUGCAGUCAUAGAAUUUAUUUUAUUUGUAUUUUAAUAAAGAAUAUAAAAAUUUGUCCGAUUGAGAAAUAACAACUCCAGAUUCCAGUAGGGCAAUUUGAAGAAGAUCGCCUGAAAAAAAUUCAAAUGUUAUUACAUUUAUGUACUCGUGCUCCGAUUCCUCCUGAACUGUGAGGGUUUUUAUUCAUUAAUUGCAAAGACAAAUGACCUGUUUUAAUUUACUAGAUUUUGUCGUCUUAUAUAAGUCCAUUGACUGACAUUUUCGAUAUUUUGUGCUUGAAAUGGUUAUGAAGAACAUAAACAACGAUUGAAUAAUUGUAUUUAUUAAUAUGUGAUACAUUUACAAUGGUUUUUUUUUCGUUUCGGUACUUAUUCUCUGUGUUAACUUUCACUAUGCCAUAACUUACAUUAGGGGGAUUUUCAAUCAUAACUGGAUUUUGCGUCAUCACCACACUUCUUAGACUCCUUAGACGCCUCAGAUAUUAUUACAAUAUUCUUAAAAAGGAGCUAAAAACUCGCGUCAGGAAUAAAUAUCUCACUUAAAUAACAAGUCAUUGGCAAAUUAUCGUCAAAACAUUAUUUUUUCAUAAAUCGUUUAGCCCGGCAUUGCCACUAACUCCCCGCCACCGGUAUAUUUGCUAAGUUGAUACACUUUUAUUAAUAAGUAUUAUAUUAUUAUAAGUUUUAAUGUAAUAUCGUUGUAAUUUUCCAGUAAAAAAAUACAAUUCUUCAUUGCCCAACUUUUUUUAAAGGAAAACUAACGGUGCAUAUUUACGGAGCUGCCAUUAUAGCAUACAUAUUAAACCUAAAUUACUUAUUGUACGUCAAAAUUUACCAACCAUUGGAAAAUAGAUUGAUCACACUCAGAAUACUUGCAUUAUAAAUUUAUUUUAACGAUAUUUUUUCAAAAACAAGAAGCCCACUGAGUUUAUUGAGCCCGUUCUUCUCAGGUGUGAGAAAACGAAAAAGUAUUUGACGUCGAUAAAUAAUUUAAAAUAUUCAGCCUGUAUAAUAUUUCUAACACUAGAAUGGAAUUUGUUUUGCUAUAUUUAGUUUUGUUAUUUAGUUGUAAGUACCUAAUGAUAUGAGAUUCGUAAACAAAAAAUAAAACAAUAUUAAUACAAAAAAAAUAUUUUCUAUCAUACUUAUCGUGUUAAUGUAUUCAAAUAUAUUGUGAGCCUUAUAUCCUACAAAUAAUAUAAUAUACAUAACACAUGUAACCGUGAGAAGAUAUAUUGUGAUACUAGUCAUAACAAUUAUAUUUGAUAAGUAUAUCUGUUACAUUAUAUGUAUAAUUACGAUAUUAAUAAAAAGUACAAUGGA